AUGACUAAUUUCGUGGCCGUCAAGGAUGAGAGCGAGCUUGAGCUCCUUGAGACGGGAGACGACGUCCUCAGCAUCGACGUGGACCUCCUCGAGGGCGACCGCAAGUCGGGCUUCCACACCCAGAACGACCGCGAGGACCCCUUCCAGCGGAGCAACGUCGUGCAGCGCAAGGGCGCUGUCGACGUCAAGUGCACCUGCGUCGACACCGUCCACGGCAGCUGGGGUCCCGAUGAGCCCGACACUUCCGCGACGCUGCUGGUCCUCCUCUUCCGCUUCGACUCGCGCCGGCGCGCGCGGCGCGUGGCUCUAGCCAACAUAGAGUUCGCCUUCUUCGACUCUCAGGGCCGAUCCCGCAAGAACCCGGAGGUAGCGGCCAUUUCCUUCGACGACAGCUUCAGCCUGGUGCCGACGCAACGGACCGAGUCGACAACCACGGGCGCCUCGGGCACAACCGGCGUCGGCGUUGUUGGAGCCGAGCUCUCGAGCACCGUCAAGUGGGAGCGCACGGUAGAUGAGGAGACAACGGAUGCGGCCUAUGUGAUCGGCUCAAUCGACCGGCUCAAGGCCCCGGCGGGACCGGACAACGCCGCGACGUGGACGCUCAAGGAGAACAGCACCACCAAGAAGGGCGUCCCUGCGGCCAUGCGCGUCGGCAUUCUGCUCAAGCGAUCCACCGACGAUGACUUCUUCUGUACCGUCAAGAUUGAGACCGAGGUCGACCUCAAGACGCGCAUCGAGCAGCUGCUUGGCCGGCGCGGCUUGGACGACCCGAUCCUGUUCAGGACGAGCCUGCCGCCCACCCGCAAGCUGAUGAAGUACGACGCGGAGAAUCUCGGCGAGUUUGACCUGUCCUUGAUCGAGGAUGUGACGGUGACCACGGUGAGGAGCAAUGCUGUCAAGGAGAAGUGA